CAGAACUCACUCGCUCGGUGGCUUACGAAAACAGUCGAUCUCACCUCGCACAUUGCCCUUUUUUCCCCGCAACCAUUUCUCUCUGUCUAGCUAUAUAUCCAAGACACGGAAGGAAGUAGAGAGGCACGAGCGCUAUGGCAUCGUUUCUCGUCGCGUCUCCUCGGUGUUCCUUGCUGCUUCUCCUCCUCUUGCUGGUGACGGCUUCGCGGGGGCUCAAGACCGGCGACCUUGUCAGCCAAGGGAAAGCGUCGGCGGAUUGCAGCCGGACAUGCGAAUCCAAGUAUUGCACGGUUGCGCCUGUGAUGAGGUACGGGAAAUACUGCGGAAUCCUCUACAGCGGCUGCCCCGGGGAGAAGCCCUGCGACGCCCUGGACGCCUGCUGCAUGGUCCACGACCACUGCGUCGACGCCAACAACAAUGACUACCUGAGCACCAAGUGCAACGAGAACCUGCUGAGCUGCCUGGACGGGGUGAGCACGGCGGGGCCGACGUUCCCGGGGAACAAGUGCGGCGUCGGCGAGGUGGCGUUCGUCAUAAAGGGAGUCAUCGAGACGGCGGUGCUCGCAGGGAAGAUCCUUCACAGGCGUGACAUCGGGCAGUAGACACCUGGAGACCCAAGUACAGAGCCAGAAUAAAAGUCCUAAGCGUGGGGGUGCGGCAACACGAUAUUAUGGUCCUGCAAUUGUGUGCGAUCGAGACAGGCAAUCACGGGGGUGAACCAUUGCGCGGAAUCAAAUUAAAAAAUUUCUCGAAAAUCCAAAUCCUAAAUCACCUUUC